AUGGCCAACGUCUCAGCCCCCGACCUGCGGGAGGAUACAACCCUACCUGCAGCCCCCGAGAACCCCGCGUCUGAGCAACCCGUUGCGCAAGCUACAGCUGCAGAGCCCCUACAGAAGCAGCAAGCCGAUCACGACGAUGACGAUGAUGAUGACUCCGAAUUGGACGAAUUGGAUGACGUGCUAGAUGACUUCUCCAAACCCAAGCCUGCACCCGCGCAGCCCGCCCCUGCACCAGCAACCGAGGCUCCGGCCGAUUUCGAUGAAGAUGCUUUCCUGAAACAGCUGGAACAAGACAUGGCAAACAUGAUGUCGAACCCGGGCGCAAAUCCGUUCGGCGCAGGCGCCGACCCCAAUCUCGCCUCGGUAGAAGAAGGUGCCGACGCCUUCGCUAGACAGCUUGGGGAAAGUGGUAUCCCACCCGGUGACUUUUUGAAACAAUUGCUUGCCGAUGUGAUGGCCGAAGAGAGUGGUAAUAGUGAUGCUGGUGCCGGGUCCGGCGCGAAAGCGGCGCCUAGCAGCACCACACCUGCGCCUGCAUCGGCCGAUACUGGAGCCUCUGGUUCUAGUGAACAACCGACUGAGUCUUUUAAUGAUGCGAUUCAGCGUACUAUGGAGCGGAUGAAGAGCUCCGGGGAUCGGGCUACGGAGGCUGCGACUGAGGAUGAUGGAUUGUCCGAUGACAUGCUUGCGCAGUUGCUUAAGGCUGUGGAGGCUGGAGCCGCAGGUGGUGACGAGGGAGAUUUAUCGAAGAUGUUCAUGGGAAUGAUGGAACAGUUGUCUAAUAAGGAGAUGCUGUAUGAGCCGAUGAAGGAGCUUGAUGGCAAGUUUGCGCCUUGGAUUGAGAAAAAUAAGGCCGAGGGCAAGGUCCCCCCCGAGGAUAUGACUCGGUAUGAGACGCAGGCGAAGGUGGUGGGUCAAAUUGUGAAGAAGUUUGAGGAGGCAGGAUACUCAGAUGAUGAUCCGAAGUGUCGGGAGUAUGUGUGGGAGCGAAUGCAGGAGAUGCAAGCUGCUGGAAGUCCUCCCGAGGAGCUGAUUUCAAACCCGCUAAUGGACAUGGGUGAUCUAGGCGGCGCUGGAGCUGCUGCUGCUGCCGGAGGGGUCCCUGAUUGUCCACAGCAAUAA